GGCACAUUUCUGGGAGCAGGUUUAUUUUUUUUGUAUGUGUAUUUCUGGGAUCUAUCGGAUAUACAGUCAUGGGAAAUGCAGCAGGGAACAUGGAGAUACCUCAGGGGAAGGAGGGCAAGGCGGCGGCGGCCCCUCUGGGCUCCACGGGCUCCCAGAAACAAACCAAGGGGCGGAAACUCCCGAUGCCACCUGAAGAAGAGCUGGAGCGACGCUUCAGCGCAGUGCUGAACACGAUGAAUCUCCCUCCAGACAAGGUGAAGAUCCUCAGUCAGUAUGACAACGAGAAGAAGUGGGACCUGAUCUGUGACCAGGAGAGGUUUCAAGUGAAGAAUCCACCGUCCGCUUAUUUGGAGAAGCUGAAGAGUUACCUGGAUCACGGAGGAGUCAGUCGAAAGUUUAAGAGACGUGUCCAGGAAUCCACUCAGAUCCUGAGAGAGUUGGAGAUUUCCCUGAGGACCAAUUAUAUCGGCUGGGCUGAGGAGUUCCUAAACGAGGAGAACCAAGGCUUAGAUGUUCUUGUGGACUAUCUGUCCUUUGCCCACAGUGCUGUCACGUAUGACGCAGACUCUUUGGACAACGGCUCGCUGCCCGCAGACAAAAGCAAAGCUACGGACAAGUCAGCGGAGGAUCUGAGCAGAAGUGCCAGUAACUCGCCCACUCACAGUGCCUCGAAGGCCAGUAAGGCCUUCACAGUCAGUCUGGGUUCAACCUGGUGAUGAAGCAUCCCUGCUGUGUCAACGAGAUCACACUCAGCCUCAACAACAGAAACCCGAGGACCAAAGCACUGGUGCUGGAGCUGCUGGCGGCCGUGUGUCUGGUGAGAGGAGGCCACGACAUCAUCCUCUCCGCCUUCGACAACUUCAAAGAGGUGUGUGGAGAGAAAAGUCGCUUUGAGAAGCUCAUGGAGUAUUUCUGCAAGGAAGACAGCAACAUCGACUUCAUGGUGGCCUGUAUGCAGUUCAUCAACAUUGUGGUCCACUCAGUGGAAAACAUGAACUUCAGGGUCCACCUGCAGUACGAGUUCACUCGUCAUGGGCUGGACGACUACCUAGAGACGCUGAAGUUCACAGAGAGCGACAGACUGCUGGUGCAGAUUCAGGCCUAUCUGGACAACGUGUUUGAUGUGGGAGCUCUGCUGGAGGACGCAGAGACCAAGAACGCUCUGCUGGAGCACAUGGAGGAGCUGCAGGAACACAACACACAGUUGAGCAGCAGGCUUCAGGAGAGCGAGAGGGAGGCGAUGGAGAAAGUCUCCGACUUGGAGAAGAAGCUCAUUCAGACCACAAAAGAAGUGGAACUCCUGAAGGAGAGUCUGCGUGAGUCCUGCGCCCAGGUGACCCUCCUGCAGCAGCGGGAACGAGAGAGGGAGCUCGAGCGAGAGGGGGAGAGAGAGAGAGAGCGGGACAAGGACCGAUCCACCGAGGCCCUCAGGGAGCUGGAGGUUAAAGUCCAGGCUCUGGUGGAGCAGGGGCUGGUCCGAAUGGAACGCUCCCCUUCCGGACACCUGGACAUCCAGGUGGUCCCCGUCAUCCAGCAUGUGAUACAGAAAGCUAAAGACGAAGCAGACUCCGGUAAUGACCACAAGGCCGACGCCCCCCUCCUCUCUGAGGGUCCUCUGCAGUCUGCGACAGUGCAAACUGCUCCUCCACCUCCUCCUCCUCCUCCUCCACCUCCAGGCUCAACCAGAACUCCUCCUCCUCCGCCGCCACCACCGCCAGCGGCUCCUCCACUCCUGCUGCCUCCUGGAGGUGGUACGACCCAGACAUCAGGGGACGGGAGCUCAGGUUGUAAAACUAAGAAGUCCAUUCAGACCAAAUACCGCAUGCCGCUGUUAAACUGGCAGGCGCUCAAAUCCAACCAGGUGACAGGAACCAUCUUCAACGAGCUGGACGACGAGCAAGUCUUAGAGGAGCUCAACAUGGCGGUUUUUGAGGAGCAGUUUAAGACCAAGGCCCAGUCCACGCCUGUAAACCUGGGUACCCUCAAGAUGAAAAUGGCCCACAAGACCCCCAGUAAAGUAUCUCUAAUGGAGCCCAACAGGGCCAAAAACCUGGCUAUCACCCUGCGCAAGGAAGGAAUGGCUGCAUCUGAUAUCUGCUGUGCAAUAGAGACGUACAACCAGAGAGCUCUGAGCCUGGACUUCCUUGAGCUCCUGGAGCGUUUCAUCCCCACAGAGUACGAAAUGAAGCUCAUCCACAACUACGACUGCGAGGGCAGGCCCCUGGACGAGCUCAGCGAGGAGGACCGCUUCAUGGUGCGCUUCAGCAAGAUCCCGCGGCUUUCCCAGCGCAUCAGCACUCUCACCUUCAUGGGCAAUUUCCCCGAGAGCGUCCAGCUCAUACAGCCCCAACUGAAUGCCCUCAUCGCCGCCUCGAUGUCGAUCAAAUCUUCCAGAAAGCUGAAGAAAAUCCUUGAGAUCAUCUUGGCGUUUGGAAACUACAUGAACAGCAGCAAACGAGGGGCAGCGUACGGCUUUCGCCUGCAGAGUUUAGAUUUGCUGUUAGACACCAAAUCUACCGACCGUAAGCAGACAUUGCUGCACUUCAUCGCCAGCAUCAUCCAGGAGAAAUACCCGGAGUUCCAGUCCUUCUACACAGAGCUGCACUUCCUGGACAAGGCGGCGCUGGUGUCUCUGGACAGCAUUCUGCAGGACGUGAGAGCUCUGGAGAGAGGCAUGGAGGUGACCAGGAGGGAGUUCUCCGUAGAAAAAGACAACCCGGUGCUGCAGACGUUCCUCAGCAGGAACACAGAGCUGCUCCACUCGCUCAUAGCUGACGGAAAAACUGCCCAGGAUGUGUACGACUCAGCUGUGGAGUACUUCGGAGAGAACUCUAAAACCACUCCGCCCUCCGUGUUCUUCCCUGUUUUUGUCAGGUUCAUCAAAGCAUACAAGCAAGCUGAGCAGGAGAACGAGCAGAGGAAGAAACACGUCCUGAACUGCGAAACGCCGUCAACUCCACCUAAACCUGAAGUCACUGGGAACAAGGUUCCUGUGACGUCCAAACUGCCUCAGAUGGAUCUGAUAGCGGAGCUGAAGAGGAGGCAGGUGUCUCCUCUGGUGAGGGAGGGGAAGGAUGGAGCCAUCGAGGACAUCAUCACAGAUUUAAGGAACCAGCCGUACAGACGGACAGACGCCGGCCGACGCAGCGCCAAGUGGAAACCGGGACAACAGCUCCACGUGUCCUCAGACAUCUCGCUCUGAAAGCUACACACCAAGACUGAAAGCUAGAAAAGCACAAAAGAUCAGACGUUCAAACUCACCGUGGCAACGAGGUCGCUCUCUCGUGCAUGUUUGAGAAUGCAGAGGUGAAAAUGCAUGUUUCCAACAGACACAAACAUCAAUCUGAACAACUGAACACGGUCUGAUACAGCGAGGCACCUUUCUGAAUAAAGUAUAAAGCUGGAUGAUUGUAGAAACGCUCUGUGAUUUGAAUAAUCGAAUGUUAAAGAGAGUGAAUAUUAGCGGCACUUGAUGCUAACGACACUGGAUGUCUUCUGAGCUCGUUAAGACAAUUACACAGAAGAGUGCUUCAUUAACGCGGCUCAGAGCGAGAAGUGACUCUCCAACGACGGACAGACCACUCGUAAAUCAUUUUGAUAGCUUUCUUAAAAAUGCUUAAAAAAAAAAAGACGUGAUUUUUUAAUUGGUUUUAUUUUAAAUAGAAUAUUAAUCACCAUCACUCUGUCCUCCAGUAGGUCUCUCAAAAUUUAGAUUUGUAAUAUAUUUAAAUUAUUUUUAAUACUGAAGUGUACGAAUGAGGAACUUCUACUCUGCUUCUGCAUUUCAACAAAUAAAACA